UGACGUCCAUUUUUUUCCCUUACCACCUCCUGCGCCGUUGUGUGCAUUCACACGGCUUCAGCUGGUGGUGAUCCAACCUUUUCCCUUCACCGGCCGUCUGCUGCCUCCGCUUUCCUCCUCCCCUCUGUUUUCUUUUUUGCUUAAAUGUGAUCCAAAAUCGAGAAUUAUAUUUAACAAAACAUCAUUUCUUAAAAAACCAUAUUUAAGUCCUCCAUGGUUAUAAAAGGUAAAGGAAUGCAAAUUCCAUGGAGUGCUAUCUCUUGGGUCGCACUAGUGUUGUUUUUUCAAACAUGUAACGGGCAAGAUUAUGGCGGAGAGGAAAAACCGGCGGCACCGCCACCGGAGCAAGAGCAUUGUGAUGGAAUCUUUGUCACGUAUAGUUUCGAGGGACGAGACAAAGUAUAUCCAUUGGUGAAGAACAUAUCAGCACAAGCAUGGUCAUUUAAGUCCAUGUUAACGGUGUUGAAUACAGGGAUUUAUGAGCUGAAAUCCUGGAAAGUUUUUGUGGGAUUUCAGCAUAAUGAGUUGUUGGUAUCCGCAGAUGGAGCGGUUGCAAUUGACGGUGAUGGAUUUCCUGUAAAAGUAGGUAAAAAUGGUACAACAUUGGCAGGGUAUCCACAGUCUGAUUUGAAAACAGCUAUAGACACCGCAGGAGAUUUUACUCAAAUGUCUGCUCAAAUCAGUAUUAAGGGGACGCAAUUUGGUCUCAAAGAUAAAGCAACUCCUAUGCCUAAAACAAUCAAGCUCGUCAAUGAGGGAUACAAAUGCCCUGCUCCUAAGCGCUAUACAAGUUAUAUGCAUGUUUGCUGCACGAGGGAUCCUAAAUUCAAGGCCAAGAAUGUGACCACCAAGUUCAUGCCCCGCCGUUAUGGAGACCUCUCCAUAAUUUACGAUGUUCUAUCAGCGUACACGAACAAGUACCAAGCCCAGGUCACUAUUGAUAAUCUCAAUCCUUUGGGUCGUCUUGAUCAUUGGAACUUAACGUGGGAGUGGAUGAGAAAUGAGUUCAUUUACAGCAUUAAAGGUGCCUAUACUCACAAGAAAGACCCUUCUGAAUGCAUUUACGGACCUCAAGGACAAUAUUACAAGGAUUUCGAUUUCACUACUGUAAUCAAUUGCCAAAAGAAACCACUCAUUUCUGAUUUGCCUAAAGAGAAAGCCGACGAUGAUAAAGUUGGGAAAUUACCUUAUUGUUGCAGAAACGGGACUCUUUUGUCGCCUAUCAUGAAUGAGACCCAAGCAAGAUCCAUUUUCCAGAUGGAAGUUUUCAAACUCCCUCCUGAUUUAAACAGAACCGCCUUAAAUCCCCCUCAGAACUGGAAAAUUGAGGGUACAAUUAAUCCGUCUUACCAAUGUGGACCUCCAGUCAGAGUAGAUCCAUCUGAAUUUCCAGAUCCUAAUGGAAUUGGAAUUAUUACUACAGCAGUAGCUAGCUGGCAAAUUACUUGUAACAUUACUCGUCCGAAGCCCAAAGGAGCCAAAUGCUGUGUUUCUUUCUCUGCUUAUUAUGCAGAUUCUGUUAUCCCAUGCAGCACUUGCGCCUGCGGCUGUGAACAGACGUCUAAAUGUGACGCGAAUAGAAAGCCGCUGCUUCUUCCUCCUGAAGCACUUCUUGUCCCUUUUGAAAAUAGAGAGGAAAAGGCUAAAGCUUGGAACGAUAUCAAACAUUUUGGUCCUCUGCCCAAAAAAUUACCUUGUCCUGAUAAUUGUGGGGUGAGCAUUAAUUGGCAUGUGGAUAGUGAUUACAAGAGUGGAUGGACUGCUAGAAUAACUCUAUUCAAUUGGGGAGAUGAUUCUUUUGAAGAUUGGUUUACAGCAAUUCAAAUGAAAAAAGAUAUAGCUAGUGGCUAUGAAAAUGUUUAUUCUUUCAAUGGGACAAAGCUGCCUAAUAGGAACAACACUAUAUUUAUGCAAGGGUUGCCUGGUUUGAAUUUCUUGGUUGGAGAAGUUAAUGGGAGUAAUCCUAAUAAGGAUCCAAGAGUGCCCGGAAAACAGCAAUCUGUUAUUUCUUUCUUAAAGAAGUACACACCACAUAUUAAUGUUGCAGCUGGUGAUGGAUUCCCUGCUAAGGUGUUUUUCAAUGGGGAAGAAUGUGCUCUUCCACCAGACUUGCCCAGCAUUGCAUCAUUUAAAUCCAAAGUUGGUUUGUUGCCUGCAGUUUUGCUUGCUCUCUUCACUUUUCUUCUUUUGACGGAUUGGUUACACUGAUCAUCAUCUUCCACCUUACGAGCUGGUUUGUGUCUUGCACUUUUCUAGAGGCAAUGGCCAUGAAGAGUUGGGAGUGUAAUGAAGAGAACAGGAAAAGCGACCAUGCAUUGGAUGAUUCUGAAGUUGAAGACUGUAAUCAAGUUGACACAUCAAAAGAAGAAAAGAAAAAGAAAAAGAUGUUGUAUGAUAGAUGAAUUUGCUCGUUUAUAUCUCUUUAAAUUUAUAUUCAAAUGAUAGUCCAUUGCUUUUCUUGUUUAGUGAGCUUUGGAUGAGAAUUGGAUAUUGUUGAUUCAUUUUGAUGUACUUCAAAAGAAGUUUACAAGUGUGGCAUGGAUAAUAGGCUUUAGAUUU